AUCAUUUGUGUUUCUUCAUAUGCAUUCAUCUAGGUUUUUCACAAACAAUUUCAACCUAAAAUCACCAUAAAUCAUCAUCAUCAUUGAUGAGUAAAUAAUAACAAUCGCACAACAAAACCGGCUAUACGUAUUGAUUUCAGUGGCGCCUCUUCGGUUAGAUUGUUCGAGUAAUUUAGAGAUUGGGGCUUCUUCGAUCAGAGGCAGGCGUGUUACUUUGCAUGCAAGAGCAUUUAACUAGUGGAGUUGGAUAUGAAACAUUGUUGAUAUGGAAUGCAAUAAAGACGAAGCUCUACGGGCCAAAGAGAUAUCCGAGGCAAAGCUGGUAGAAAAAGAUUUCGUGGGAGCGAAAAAGUUUGCACAAAAAGCCGAUAAGCUAUUUCACGGGCUUGAAGGUGUGUCACAUCUAUUAGUAAUCCUCGAUGUUUACAUUUCCUCAGAGAAGAAGAUCAACGGAGAACCAGAUUGGUACGGUGUUCUUGGUGUGGGACCCACAAGUGACGAUGAAACUAUUAGGAAGAAUUAUAAGAAACUCGCACUCUAUCUUCAUCCUGACAAGAACAAAUCAGUCGGAGCUGAAGGUGCGUUUAAGCUCGUGUCUCAGGCGUGGACUUUACUCUCUGAUAAAGUUCAAAAAAAAGUCUAUGACCAAAGCAGAAACCCGAAGCCCGUUUACGAACCGGUUAGUGUCACUCAGAAAACGUCAGCCUCUACUACUAAGCCCGUUUACAAACCGGUUAGUGUCACUCAGAAGACGUCAGCCUCUACUACUAAGCCCGUUCAAACAAUUCCUAGGCCGCCAAACACGGCUACAUUUUGGACUUCAUGUCUAAGAUGCUCCAUGCGGUUCGAAUAUUCGAGAGUUUACUUAAACCAGAAGAUUGUGUGUCCUAGCUGUCAUGGCCCGUUUUGGGCUAUAGAGUCGCCGGCCCCACCCAUGAACCAUCAUUCAACAACGAUGUAUCCUCAAAGGCAAAAUCCCAAAACGAAUCAUAAUGUGAACAGUCAGCAGGGCCCGUCGUUAAACACAUCUAAUGUCAGUAAUGUGAAUGUCCAAAAGGGCCCGUCGUUGAACACGUCAGCUGUGAACAGAUUUAAAAACCGACAUCAGGCGAAAGUAGCUGCAAAUGAUGGAAUUUUGAAACGGAAACGUGUAGCCGAACAGUCUGCUACGGUAAAUGUCGGAAAUGCGAAUGCGAAAAUCAAUUCAGGAGGUCAAAAGGUCAAUAUUGAUAAUAGUAGAAGGGAAUUAUCACUGGCGGAAACGCGUAUCAUGUUGAUGACAAAAGCUCGGAAAGAAAUUCUUAAGAAAAUGAACGAAUGGGAUUCAGAAAGUGCGUCAAAGAAAGAAAGCAGUGGUAAAAAGUACGGUGAAGAAAUCAUUGUAAACGGUACAAACAAGGUUAAAGAAGUAAAAACGCCAUUAAUCGAUACUACGUGCAAAGAUGAGUACAAUGAUGACAUGGAUUCUGAUGUGGCAGAAGCAAAAGCAACGCUAAUGAGUGUACCGGAUCCCGAUUUUCACGAUUUCGACAUGGACAGAACCGAAAGAUCGUUUGGUGAAAACGAGGUUUGGGCUGCUUACGAUGAAGAUGACGGCAUGCCUCGUUAUUACGCAAUGAUUCAUAAUGUCAUAUCGAAAAAACCAUUCAAGAUGCAAAUAAGUUGGCUGAAUUCCAAAACCAACGCUGAAUUAGGCCCGAUCAAUUGGGUUUCAUCAGGAUUUCCUAAAACCAGUGGCGAGUUUAGAAUCGGUAAACAUGUGAUAAACACAUCGCUUAAUUCUUUCUCACACAAAGUUCAAUGGGCGAAAGGGAAAAAAGGGGUUAUCCAAGUUUACCCGAAAAAAGGCAACGUGUGGGCUGUUUAUACAAACUGGUCUCCGAGUUGGAACGAGUUCACUCCAGACGAAGUGAUUCAUAAAUACGAUAUGGUUACGGUUCUUGAAGAUUUUAACGAGGAAAAAGGGGUGGUUGUAGCUCCUUUGGUCAAAGUUUCGGGGUUCAAAUCUGUGUUUCGUCAGCAUGCUGACGUUGCUGAAGGGCGUACAAUUCCGAGGGAUGAAAUCUUUCGAUUAUCUCAUCAAGUGCCGUUUUAUUUGCUCACUGGUGAAGAAGCUGUUGGUGUUCCAGAAGGUUGUUUGGAGCUUGAUCCUGCAGCAUUGCCGUUGGAGCUCCUUCAAACAACGAUUGAACCAGAAGUAAAAACAGUGGAGGAUGGAAGUUGUAAGAAAACCGAGGCUAACGAGAUGAUUACGUAUUCUAGAAAAAAAGGAAAAAAUGGGAAACUUCAGUAAGUGAUAGAAAAUGAUAGCAGCUGAUAGAUUUUGAGGCAGUUUAGCUUUGGUAAGGUUUAUCUAAACCUUUUACUUUCUGUAAAAACUUUUCGUUUUUGCUUAGUGGAACAUGUUACAUACAUGAAAAUGAUACUUUUGUUAAAGAUCAUCUUUUUUGUCUAAAUGCCAACUUUUUGUUGCUUUGA